AAUCACACAUCAAGUAUGGAUAGUCUAGGUGCUAUUGUUGUGUGUACUUAUUUAAGAAGCAGAGAACUUUUCACUACUAAAUUUCUUCUUUUCUUAUACCAAGGUAAUAUUGCAAACUAUUUGAGCCUGGCAGAGGUUGAUUCCAUAUAUCUUCCGGUCCCUGUGAACUUCAUCUUUAUUGGAUUUGAUGGAAAUGGACGGCAUGAGCUUAAGUUGGGGCCUGAAGAACUGGAGCGCUGGUUUACAAAAAUAGAUCACGUAUUUGAGCACACAAGAAUCCCUCCAGUUGGUGAAGUUCUUACCCCGUUCUAUAAGACUACUGUUAAGAAACUUCAGCAAUAUGAUCUUCCUUUAGUCGGCCAUGUGAACCACAAUUUCUCUGUGCAUGCCAUACACAUGGGAGAAGAUGUCUUAUCUGUUUUUGAGCAUGCUAUAAAAGUUCUAUCCUGUAAAGAUGAUCUCGUGGAUUCUAGCAUCUGCCACCCAAAGCAGCUCAUCUCGGGGAAGGAGGACGCAACUAACAACUUUGCCCGUGGCCACUACACGGUUGGGAAGGUGAUUGUGGAUCUAUGCCUGGACUGUGUGCGCAAGCUUGCAGACAACUGCACUGGGCUUCAGGGAUUCUUGGUGUUCAAUGCUGUUGGUGGUGGUACUGGCUCUGGACUUGGUUCACUGUUGUUGGAGCGCCUUUCAGUUGAUUAUGGCAAUAAGUCCAAGCUUGGUUUCACCAUUUAUCCUUCCCCACAGGCUGUGAGCGUGAGCGAGGUCGAGGCAUUGUACAAGCUAUUCAAGAAGAUCAACCUCGCCUUCAUCGAUGAUGGGCUGAUUAAUAAGGUCAGCAAUGGGUGUCUGCUGCUACAGGCCAACCACGCUAGGCGAUCGCGGAGGCCAACCACGCUUCGGGCGCGAUCAGCCGCCGCCAUGCAGGGCUUCCCCGGCGGCGCCCCCGAUCCGCAGCAGCUACAGGCCACCAUGCUCGCCAUCGAGCAGGCCUGCUCCCUCAUCCAGGGUGAUGCUGACAGCUUGUUGGACAGGCUGUGGCAGAAGAAGAAGGCUGAGAUCAAGCAGUAG